GGCCACAGUGUAACUACAACACGAGCAUCUCAGGAAUCUGAAUUGAGAGAAAUAGGGCUUUUGUUCCGAUAGAGGAGAAGAAGAAGAAGAUGGGAGGAGGACAUGGAGAUGGCAUAACCUACAAGGGCGUUACCAUCCAUCAGCCAAAGCGGUGGCACACCGUCACCGGAAAAGGCUUGUGCGCCGUCAUGUGGUUUUGGGUACUUUACAGGGCCAAGCAAGAUGGUCCUGUAGUACUGGGCUGGAGACACCCUUGGGAGGGCCAUGGUGAUCAUGGCCAUGGGCAGGACGAACAUCAUUAGUUUUCUUGUUGCAGAACCAAGAGUGGGAAUCGUCAAGAAAUUUAUUGUUGGGAGACUAUUGCAAAUAUGUGCGGAGCACUUUUGUUGAUUUCUGUUGAAUAAAGUGUUUGUGAAAGAAGAGAGUGAUGGACAGCUUAUGUCCAGGACAUCAAACUUUGUUUCAAAAUGUCAUUAGUCAUGUAUGCUGUAAACAGAUGGCUAUGUUGAAAUUGAUUGGAUUUGCAUUAAUUUUCUCUAGCUCUAAUAA